AUGGGAAAGUUUUGUCAAAUGUGUCAGAAACAGUGUCGUGAUCAGAACGGGUUUAAAUGUCAUUUAACCAGCGAAUCUCAUCAACGUCAGCUUUUGCUCUUUGCUGAAAAUCCUAAUAAUUAUCUCAGAGAUUAUAGCCACAAUUUUGAACAAAAUUUCUUGAAGGUUCUACGUAGCACUUUCGGAACAAAACGAGUACGAGCAAAUGAGGUUUAUCAAGAAUAUAUUAGAGACAAAAUGCAUGUUCACAUGAAUUCUACUAUUUGGCAUACAUUGACAAAUUUCGUGCAAUAUCUUGGUUCAUCUGGAAAAUGCAAAAUAGACCAGACUGAAAAAGGAUGGUUUAUUGCUUGGAUUGAUCAAGAGGAAGAAUUGAGAAAACAGGAGGCUGCUCACAAAGUGAAGGUCCAAUAUGAUGAUGAACAACGGUUGCAAGAAAUGUUAGAGAAGCAAGUUGAAAAAGCUAAAGAGCGGUUAGGUGAAGAGGAAACGAACAGAAGCGUGCCGACAGAAUUGUUAAGGGAUUCUGAUGGCGAAAAGGUCGUUUUCGCGCUAGGGAUGAAGAAACCGUCAGUGAAAGAGCUUGGCAUUCGACUUGCUGCUCCAAAUUCACUGCUGCAAGGUAAGGUGAAAAAAGAACUUGGUGAGCCGGGCCCAUCUUGCGAAACAUAUCAUGUAAAAACCGAAAAAGGCUCACAAAGAGACCGUGAAUCAGUCGAUGGCUCACGCGAGAAAAAAGAGUCAGAAUCUAGUAAGAAGAAACGGGCUUUAGAAGAAAUAAUGGAAAUGGAAUUGAAAAAGAAGGAGAAGAAAAUGAGGAAGGAUCAUUGGCUUUGUGAGGGUAUUGUUGUCAAGAUUAUAACAAAAAAGUUUGGCGACAAGUUUUAUAAAGCUAAAGGUGUUGUCGACUCACUGGUUGACGAUUAUACUGCUAAACUUUCUGUUGAAGGAGUUACCCUCGAGUGUAAUCAGCAGUACUUGGAAACCGUAAUUCCUGCAGAAGGCAGGACAAUGUUGAUAGUUAAUGGCUUAUAUACUGGAAGAAAGGCAACGCUAAGGUCGAUUGAUGUCAAAAAUUAUUCCAUGGAACUUCGUAUAAAUGAUGGACCAGAUAAGGGAAAAUGUAUUAAGUGCAUGCCUCCGAAAAAGGACCAAAAGAGUAAAGCUAGUGGAGGAGGGUCCAAGAAGGACUCAAGGGGUAGUGACAAUGUUGACAAGUCGAAGAAGGAAACGAAAGGGGGUACUGCUGUGAAAGUCAGGCAUAUUCUAUGUGAAAAACAGAGUAAGGCACUAGAGGCAAUAGAGAAACUGAAAAGUGGGAUGAAGUUUAACGAAGUUGCGGCAGCGUACAGCGAGGAUAAGGCUAGAUCAGGAGGUGAUCUUGGCUGGAUGACUCGAGGCUCAAUGGUUGGAGAGUUUCAGGAUGCUGCAUUUGCGUUAGCCAAAAGCACUGUUGACAAGCCAAUUUAUACAGAUCCGCCAGUGAAGACAAAAUUUGGAUACCAUAUCAUUAUGGUUGAAGGGAAAAAAUAA